AGUGGGGAGCACCUAUUAUCGUCAUACGGCGUCGUUGUUCUGAAGGACCCUUCCUCAUCUGCUGCUGCCAGAUCGUGGCAUCGGGCUCUCUUUCGUCAGCAUUGUUGCUUUUCAUUCCCUUGAGCUCGUCGGAGCUGGAACGUGGGAGGUGAUUUUCUAUGCAAGCGGAGCGGAUGUGUAGAGUGGAUUAGCUUCGUCGCUGCUGAUUAUUCGUGUGACUCACACACUAGUGUGUGUUUGGUUUUCUAUGCUGCCGAGAGCUGAACCAGUGGAACAGAGUUGAGUCCAAGUUACACGAAGAUUUUGUGAGUUAGUUUGUUUGUCUCCAAGGCGGAAGGAAGGACCUAGCGGAUUUGCUUGUUGUCACUGGUCGAAGCUGGAUUGUUGCGUUGAAUAGUAUGCGGGCAAGAGACUGUAGCCCGGUUUAGGAUUACGAGCAGUAACUUUGAUCGAGGCUACAACUGAUUUGAAGCCUCCCGAGGGAGCACUUAACAGGCUUUUGUUGUUCAGUAACACAUUAGGACUAAUCGAUUGCUUGCUACAAAUCAGUAGCUAGAAGGAAAUAGAAAUUUGUCUGUUGCCGGUUCUGUAGCAUGAGCAUCGGCUUUGAUGGGUUCAAUCAGUAGUCUCUCAGUAUCAAGUUACAUCUCGCCUACUCUGCAUGUCAAGGCGCUCGAAUGUCGUAGUGAGGCUCAAAUUGAAGGUUUCAUUAGAGCCUUUCAGUAUCCGUGCAAAGUUCUUGAGUGCCAACACACACAAAGACUAUUUGCUGCAGGGAUUGAUGUAAAGACGUUAACCAGCUCCAGGAAGAGCAGCAGCCGGAUUGCUGUUGUUGGCCAACGAGGCUCUGAUGCUAGUCAGGAGCCGGGCAACAAUGAGUCACAGGCGAAACUGCAGGAGAAUGGGAAUCCCAGCAGCGAUGAAGCUUCCACGAUUGAACCCUCAAGAGCUUUGGCAGGGCAAGAAACUCCAUCAAUAGAAUCGUCCGACUGGAGAGGACAGUCUGAGCUAGAACACGAAGGAUUGGUGAUAUCGAGUGGAGACAGUGAUGCAUGGGAUAAUGGCCGAGUUGGAUCGCCUAUUGUCAGACGAUAUGUGAGUGACAAUGAAGAACGGUGGUGCAUGUGGUACUCUGGGGAAAACGUUGAUGAAUCAUUGGGUACUAGAGUGGGCAUUGCAAUUUCCUCGAAUGGGAUGCACUGGAGAAGGGGCAAAUCCAAGGUCGACACGGAAGGGCAAGGCGAGGACGGUGCUGUAGGUCUAGUUCUCGAUCGAAGUGAAAAUUGGUGGGCGUUCGAUACGCAGCACUUGUAUCCCUCUGAUGUUCUCAUUAUGUCCAGUGCCAAAGUUAGAGCUGCUAGCGGUGUGUACUGGCUCUAUUACUCUGGUGCUGAUGCAGAGGAGAUGUCUUUACCAUCGAGUGCCAUCUCCGCCACUCCUCCGUCACAUGAAAGAUUUUUUAGAGGCCGGAUGCGUCCCGGCCUUGCAAUCAGCAACGACGGCAGAAACUGGGCUCGUGUUGAAGGUGACCAUCACAGUGGAGCUCUUUUUGACGUGGGUGCCGAAGGCGAGUGGGAUUCUUUACUCAUUGCCGCUCCACAAGUAGUCUUCCACGAGGCGGGUGACAUUCGAAUGUAUUAUCACUCCUUAGACCCCAACACAGGGAAAUAUAGCGUUGGUUUUGCUCGGUCAAGGGACGCGAUGCGGUGGCUCAAGUUUGGGAAGAUUCUUGAGGGAGGCGGGCCUGGUUCAUUUGAUGAGUUUGGCAUUGCUGCGAGACAUGUUGUGCCAAACCCUAACGGAAGUGGCUACCUCAUGGUGUACGAAGGCAUCGGAGCGAAUGGGAGAACCAGCGUUGGGAUGGCGAAAUCUGCAGCUGGGUUGCUCAAUUGGGAGAGAUGCCAAGACGAGCCGAUCUUUCGACCUGCGGAUUCGGAGCAGGCAUGGGAUGGCGCUGGCGUUGGCUCUCCUUGUUUGGUUCACAUGGAUGGUGACGAAUGGAGGUUGUAUUACGUUGGCGUCAAUGCUCGAGGUGAAACUGCCAUUGGCAUGGCUAUGAACGUGGAGGGCUCUCUGACUGAGUUCAAGAGGUGGCAUAAUUCGACUCAAAUCUGAUUCGACGUAAUCCUCUGAAUCAGAAACAUGAUUGUUUUGUGAUGAAAACAGACAUCCUAUAAAAGCGAAUCGGAUUGAGAUCAAGUAGCAAUCGUCUUUGUGAUUUUAAUUAUUCAUUUUAUCUGAUCACGAUGUUAUCAGGUCCUACAUCUUGUAGCAUUCACUGACGUUCAGUGCAGAAUUCUAUGUCUAGACAAGAUCCUUAGUACUUUGGAGUAUGCAAAUUCAAUUUUAAUUACCAUAUGUCUUCUUCACUA